GUUGUUUAUAAUUUCUAACUGGUCAAAGUUUAUAAGAAGUAACCUUCAAUUUAAUUAGAAAAUCAAACUGGUAGCUAAAAAUGUUUAGAGUACUGACGAAGCCCGUCAAACGGACAUGGAAACAGUUCGUAGUAGACGGCAGAAGAAGCUGCACUUUGGAAAUAGGCAGCAAAUAUACUUUAAGUAAAGCUUUUAGCGAGAAGGAUGUAAUAGACUUUUCAAAUUUGAGUGAAGAUCGCAAUCCCUUGCAUUUAGAUGCUGAAUUUGCUAAAACUUCCAGAUUUGGUCAACGAAUAGUCCAUGGCGCUUUAACAAGCUCACUUUUAAGCGGUCUAAUGGGUUCAAGAAUCUUUAAACCAGGUGCUAUCUACGUCUCACAACAAGUUCAAUUUACAGCUCCAUUAUUCAUUGAUGAAAACGUUACCGUUGAAGCAACUAUAGCUAAUAUUAAAAAGAAUAGAGUAACGGUAUCCUACAGAUAUGUUACCGACAAUAAUAAGGAAGUAAUGAAAGGAGAAGCGGUCGCUAUCGUUCCAAAAGAGCAGUUGCCUAAAUAA